UUUUACUACCAAUUUGACGAGCCAGUAAACCUGUACUUUGGAACACCUUACUUAUAACCUCCAUCACUAAAAAAAACCAAACCGUGGUUGAUCCAUCAGAUUACAUUUAUUAAUCUUGUUUUGUCAUAGAAUGUUUAUUACUCUUUAAAUUUGCUUAAUAUCAUUUUUGAACAAAUCAUUUGUUUUUGGAAAACCUUCGUUCAUUACUAUACUUUCUCAAUAAAAUCAGGACUAUGGCAGAGGAUCGGUUUCGUCAGUCGAGUCAUUUCCGAGAUUGGAUUUUUACAGAAGAUGAAUUGCAGAAAAGAAGAACUCAGAUAAACCAAGAAUUCACAAAAGUUGUUCGUCAGCGUCUUCUGGAAGACUUAGCUCUGCAGAAUAAAGAUGCUUCGGACAGCAAUUUACCCCCUACUCUGGAUCAAAAUGAAGAGUUGGAGCUUGUUAAUUAUUACACUUACCAGUUGAACGUUCUUUCCUCGACGAUGUCUUUACCGACUCACAUUCGUGCUGCAGCCACGCUCUUUUUCAAGAGAUUUUAUUUGACUAAUUCCGUUAUGGAGUAUAAUCCUAAAAUCAUUUCCUUUACAACUUUGUACUUAGCAACGAAAACGAAUGACCAUUAUAUACCAAUCGAACAUUUUUGCAAAAACCUUCCAAAAACUACCCCUGACCAAGUGCUAGAGUAUGAAUUUAAUGUCUGCCAAGCUCUGAACUGGGACUUGUUUAUUUGGCUUCCUUUCCGACCACUUCAAGGUUUCCUAUUAGACUUUCAGGUUGUAAUUCCUGAAACUCCAAUGGAAACUUUGUUUGAAUGUCACGAUCAGUCUAAAAGAUUCUUAGUCGAAACGUUACAUUCAGACGUGUAUUUUUUUUAUUCUCCGAGCAUCAUUGCCCUAUCCGGGAUAUACCAUACAAAUCCUUCUCUUUGCCUCAAUUAUUUACAAGCGAAGUCCAUUAACUCCAUACAUGAUUUGAUUAUUUCUAUCUCUAAUUCACUUGAUUCCACGAAAAAUGCAAAGUUGGAUCGAGAAAAAGCCAAAGAUUACGGAAAGAAACUUUACUUUUGUAUGGAUCCAUUAAAGAAGAAAAACAGCACAUUAUAUUUAAAACGAAAGGCCGAGGACGAAGAAGCUUCUUUAGGUAAUAAGAAACAGAAGUCAAGUACUCCAGCUGAUCAGCUAGACGUGAAUCCUUUUGCAUAAUUUAACUUAAUUUUUACUGAUAUUUAUAAUAAUGUAAAGUGUGCAGGAUAUUUCUAUGAUUGCUUAUUUAGUCAUUUCAU